AAAAGCAUAUAAAAGAGACUGUGAACAGCCAACCUUAGUCAGUGGUAUCAACAGAGUUGGCUGAGAACUUGAUUUUAACAGUGCACUGGUUUUGAUGCAGAUGAGCUGAAUAUUUGAAUUGAUUGCAGUUUUACAUCGUCUAAGAGGCCAGUAUGACGCGUUCAUCCAAUUUAAUUCCUGUGCCUUUACUGGCGUUGGCAUUGAUUGUUGAGCUGUGUCCAUCAGUGUUGAGUUGUUUGUGCCAGCUAUCCCAUCCACAGAAACAGUUCUGUGAUGCUGACUUGGUGAUCGUAGGUACGAUUCAAACCAAGCAGUCCUUACAUGGACCCCCUCAUCCAGCCAUUCUGCCCGAUGAACCGACCAUCAUAAGCUACAAGAUUCAAAUCAGUAACGUCAAGAAGGGACAAAGAUAUGCCGGGCAGCUGUGGAACGUUCAAGAUAAUGAACUCAUUGUCAACACAUCAGCGACAACAGUGUCCUGUGGAGUACCAUGGCUUGAAGUUGGCCAGCGCUAUGUACUCACUGUGACACUAGUGAAAGGCAAAGCUUCCCUUUUGUAUUGUAACUUCCAUCGCACCUACUCGGAGCUAACCGAUAUGCAGCGGCGAGGCAUAAAUGGAGCCUACAGCAGGGGCUGUGAACCACAAUGCCAGAUUUACACUUGUCGCCCCUAUGGUCACUGUCCUUCGACCACAUCUAACAUCACCUGUAUCCAUGGUAACCACCAAACCAAUAAAGACUGUUACUAUCGCCAUGGUUACUGCAGGGCCAAAUCAGCUGGAAAGUGCAGCUGGAAGACGAGUCCUACCUUCAAUGCAUGCAUCGACCAAGAAUGAACUGGAAGUGUUGAAGUUAUUUUGUUUGGACAUAUGUGACCCACAUGUGGAAUACUUCUUCUGGAAAUGAUGCCUGUUCACAAGGCAUAUUCAGACCAUUUUUCUGAAAUCCUAAUCUCAUGUAUUGUUGUUUUAUUGGCCUCCAUUCUCAGGCAAGUCCACUGUGAAGACAUAUUCUGAAUUGGAGUGAUUCCAAUACCUCUAAACUACCAUUAGAGCCUUAUAGAGGUCCAAAACAGCAGAAGUGCAUACAUUGUAAGAAAAGGUCAACACAGUGACCAUAUAUAGUUGUAAAAUCAUUGUAUCGUGUCCCUGCUUUCACAACCAAAUCCUGGAACUUCCCUCUUCUCGUUACUACACAGGUUCAUGUGAUCAUUCAAAACUUGUUUCUGUCCUUCAACUUGGGUCUAUCUUACUUGCUGGAUGUCUGCUUUCUUUGAAGAGUUGGAGCUGCUGAAGCAUUGCAUAGUUACCGAUGUUGACCCUUGAUCUUGAAAAAGACCUUUUUGUGGAUAAACACUGGAGUGCACUGUAUUGUGAAUUGCUCCUAUUCAGACCAUCAGUGUUUAUUUUGUUUAAAUACAAUCCCUAACCACGCUAGGGCUGCUUCCACAAGGGAGGUAUCUGUGAAAAACUCCCAACACACCCAUGUUACCAUACCCUCUCCCCCCCCCCAAUUUUUUUAAGCAAAAAAAAAAAUCAUCAAAAUUAUGUUUCGUUCUUCGUGAAAACGCAGUCCAAAUCCAAAAUUUACACAAGAUUAUUGUCAUUAUGAAAGGUGAUGAGUGUACAGAAUGUAUCUUUAAUGUAGUAAACAACAGAAACUAUUCAUAGCCACUAAUAACUACCUUUAGUGGGGUCAGGCCAACCACAAAUGUAGGCACUUUAAUGUUUAUAUUCAAAAUUCUGUCAUUCUUAUAGAAGAAAACAGAUACUGACUUGACUGAGUUAACAUAAAAAAGAAAACAUCAUUGAUGUAUAGACAUUAGUUUUCAAAUUUAUACAAACUUUUACAAACUCUUCCCAAAGUAACCGAAGAACUUUUUAUCGUAAUCACAUACAAUAUGUUAUCAGAAUAACUAUUUAAAACAAUGUCAUAUUGAAUGACACUGUGACGGUGUACUACAAUGUAGUUUUCUUGGAAAUUGAAAUAAAAUUAAUACUCUCACUCACUUAA